AUGCCGGAGCGCGUGCGGCCAAGCGCGGUGUCUCGUUACGAGCAAUACAAGUCAGACAGCGCCGACCUCGUCGCGUGGCUCGUCUCGACCGCCGCCAGCUGCGGCUACGGCGACCCCAAGCAGACCUCCAAGCGCCCGGUCCCCGUCGACAAGCUCCUCAAAUGCGCGCAGGCCAUCGCCAAGAGGAGACCCUUCGUGCCCAUCCCGGGCAAUAUCGUAGAGAAGACGGAGGCGAUCAUACAAGGUAGGCGUCUCCACGCCCUUGACUUACGUGAACAGGGCGGCGGCGACGAUGGCGGCAGCAGCAGAGCAGAGAAGGAGAGUAAGGUGGAAGCGGGCCAUCGCUAUAUGGUGGAUGUGCUGGUGAGGGUGAAAGGGGUGUUGGUGGAGGCACGGAAGGUGCAGAGGCAGUGGAGGGAGGAGAAUGCGCCGAAGCGCGUUGUGAGCUGUGACAGUGAAGUCGAAGGUGAGGCGCCCGAGCUUCGCGGCAAGUUUGAGGGCCUCGAGCUUGAGGAGCCGGCGGAGAUGCCACUGGGUGCUCCAGCGAUGGUGAGGGAGGCUGCGAAGCCUGAGAUAGCGCUCGCGGUCGACCCGGCGCAAGAAAGCUGCUUCGUACUGUUCUGCUACCUUCACGACAUGUACGACAUUCGAAUCUGGAUCAGGCAGCUAUGGCAAGACUAUGCGCGCGGCGAGAUCAGCCUACUAUGCGCUACAUCAUCGACAGAGCAAGCCUUUGCUUGCAUCCGCAGCACCGAGAACUCCCUGCGAGAGAGUUUCAAGAAGUCUGGAUAUGGCAGCGCUCGCGAACUAUACUUCGUGUAUUGUGACCUGGCAGUGAAGAAUUUUCAAGAGGGAAAGGACUUCUACCACGAGGAGGGCAACCGAAUUGCUCGACAACAUCUCUGUGUGGCUGCAUACACACUGGUAACGGUGGCGAUACAUGAGUGCAAGCGAGCUAGGACUGCGCAAUUCUCGGAUCACACGUACGAGCAAAGUGAUGAAGCAACAGAGGUCUCGAAGGGGCACCCCUUUGCCCGCGUGCUGCUGGAACGUGUCGUGGACCUGGCGACGCACUGGGACUGGAAGGACGAAUUCGCUGUCUUAUUCUCUGAUUUCGAUGGCAAGUAUGAUGGAGAUUAUUACAUGUGGAUACGAUCGACGAUCUUGUGCCAGUGUUACAUGGACAUCUAUGACAUAGUCGGAGAUCCCUCCAACCUCGUGCUGGAUCAAUUGGAACAAACUGUGCAAGAUGCCAAGAACGAGGUCGAUCGACUCGUGCAAGUCAAGAAGAAGGUCAGAGGCCCACCAAGCUUCCUCGAGAACAUCGACAGCUAUGUUUCAGCAUUGUAUAAGGAAGGAGACCUCGUUGAGCUGGCUGGAUCCGCCUCGGUACAGCAAACGGACUCGAGAGAUACGGCCAAGAUGCGCCUACGAAAAGCGUUCCCUGUCGGCGCUGGCGAUUCGCUUCGACUACUGAAGCUCCACGUCCUGCAGGUAUCCGCCAUUGUCGCCAAUGACGGAUGGGUAAUUCUCAGCCUCGCAUACCUCUACCGCGCCGCCCACCGCUUUGGGCUUCUCACCAUCAACUGGCCAGAUCUGGACUGGUUCAUCACCCUCCAAUCCCGCACAAAGCCACUCUUCCUCGAAGUCGCCCCCCACGCAGACCCAAUGGCUCACGGACGCCUCUUCAAGCUCAGCCGCGGCGUGCCAACAGACGACUCGGUCAAGAAAAUGCGAUCUGCUAGACCACAGAACUACUGGCUCCAACAAGCAGACAAGCUCGAGCAAUUCGACGUGACUAAGAACAUUGGCUACGAUGACUGGAUCUACCACGAGGUCCUGUACCGCAUCGCUGAUGAGACUUAUCCAGCUCAGAGCAAGCAUUUCGAGAACAAGUACAAAUCUCUGGAACUCCUUAACGCUUUCAAGGCAUCCUUCAUCAAGGAUGAGCCGGAGAUGAAUUUCAGCUAUCUCAGCUUCUAUAACAGCUGCGCUAUACUACUCAACAAGAUGGCAACUCUUGUGGGCAAGCGGAUCCCAGCGAGGUUUAGGGACGACUUUGGUAUCGAUAUGGAGGUCACGAAGGCUUUGCUGGAUGAAGCCGGUGCUGCGAAGAUCACUGGGCAGGCUAUGAUGACCACGCAGCUGGCAUUGGUGGCCAAGAUCAUUGAGAAGCAUGUCAAGGAGGAAGGUGACAAGCUGACACAGGCCGCCUUCGAUCGCUCGAGUGGAACAAUUGCUGAGGAUAGGCGACCGAAGUUACCGAUUGCAUAG